UUUGUCCAGUUGGAAAAUAUUAAAACGGCUAACCCUGAAAACACCACAGCAGGAAGUAUUUUACUUUAUUUUUAAUCAUAGCAUAAACACAAAAUCCCUUGCAUCAUACCGAGGCUUGGAAAAGUUUAACAUUAACAUCCAACUCGUCACUGAGUGAUGGCUCCGCCAGGCAAGCGCGCCCCCCGGAGAGAGGAGUUUGUGCUCCAGUUAGCUUGUGAGUGGGGCUCAUGCCAGGAGAUGUUGGGUGGGAUGGAGGAGUUCUGUAAGCAUGUGGAAGCGCAUUACCAAGACCUCGCUGCAGAGAGUGAUGAAUCCGAUAUACCAGAUGUGUCCAGCUGCCUGUGGCAGGACUGUGGCUUCUGCUCAGUGGAGUGUGCUGGCGAGUUGCUGAGGCACAUGCUCUUUCACUGCUACCACACCAAGCUGAAGCAGUGGGGGUCAGCGAUGCUCAAGGCUCAUCCGGACAUGGGCGACUGUUCAGUGGGUCUCAGAAACCGCAACAUAGUGCCCGAGGUCCAGGAGAGCUUCGCCUGCCUGUGGGAGCAUUGUGAGAUGAACAUGGAUAACCCAGAAUGGUUCUACAGGCACGUGGAGAUGCAUGCACAUUGCUUAGAAGUCAAUAAGGAGAACGUACUGUUCUGUGGCUGGAAAGAUUGUGAGGCCUCGUUUAAGGGCCGGUUUAAAUUACGGGAGCACAUGCGGAGUCACACUCAGGAGAAGCUAGUGGCGUGUCCAGCCUGCGGUGGGAUGUUCGCCAACAACACCAAAUUUUUUGACCACAUCAGACGACAGACCUCCAUAGAGGGACAAAGGUUUCAGUGCUCUCAUUGCUCGAAGCGCUUUGCCACUGAGAGGCUGCUGAGAGAUCACAUGAGGAAUCAUGUAAACCAUUAUAAGUGUCCGCUGUGUGACAUGACCUGCCCCUCACCAUCCUCUCUGAGGAACCACAUCAAAUUUCGCCACAGCAACGAGAAACCCUACAGCUGCGACUACUGCGAGUACAGCUGUAAGAACUUGAUCGACUUGCGAAAGCAUCUGGAAACGCACAGCAGUGAACCAGCUUAUCACUGUGACUUUGCCGAUUGUGACUACUCCACCCGCUCUCUGCACUCUAUCAAAAACCACUAUAAGCGUGUGCAUGAGGGAGAUUACACGCCACGCUAUAAGUGCCAUGUGUGUGAGCAGUGUUUCACCAGAGGGAAUAACCUCACCGCACACCUCCGCAAGAAACACCAGUUCAAAUGGCCUUCAGGGCAUCCCAGGUUCAGAUAUAAGGAGCACGAGGACGGCUUCAUGCGGCUGCAGCUGAUCCGCUACGAGAGCGUGGAGUUGACCGAGCAGCUGAUGCGGGAGCGACAGGGAGACGGAGACAGCAGCGAGUCUCUUCCUCAAACACAAUGCCUCCAAUCUGGGGAAGAGUCAGAGGAAACUGAGCUCGCUGUAACUGCGGAGGAGAACGCCAAACUGGACACGAGAAAGGAGAGAGAAAGAGACAGAGAGAAUGCGCUGCUUGACCUCACAAGUGGUACUGCUUCUUCGGAAGUGGAUUCAAAUAGGGAAGAGUCUGUGAUGCGACAGUUACAGGCCACCGCUCAGAAGCUGGGUAUGGAGGUGGUCUAACCCCCUGGCUCCAGAUUAAAAGAAAUUAAGUCGGGUAAAUAAAGGACUUAGUCAAGCGCAUCAGGCACAUUGCUGAUAUCUUCUGCACUAAUAGAUCAAAGUGACUGGUUUUCUUCGAAGCAAAGCCUGUGAGCGUGAGCGAUUUUACCACUGAACAAGCUUAAUUUUGUUUGUUUGUUUGUUUUAGCUAAGGCUUGAGGCAGUUUGGACGAUUUGUUUCUCAGACACGUUCAGCACACUGUACCGUUUCCAACAAUUUGUUUUGGUUUUUAUAUUAAAGAUGUAAAGUGUUUCUAGACCUACUGUAAUCAUACCAUUUUCGAAAGGACUAUCGAGAUUCUUGUUUACAUUCAAGUUGCAGUUCAUUUUUCAGGCAGCAGGGGGCUCUAAAAGUUACAAACUGCUCCUUUAAUUGAACGCAUACUACUGAUUUCACUUGUUUUUCCAGCAGACGGUGCAGGAUCGUCGAGAAAGGUUACCAAUUUGAAUCCAGAGCUGUCUCUCAUACAGUGGCUGUCCCCAUCACAUAUCAAUAUCUUUAUUAUAAAAUGCGUCUUCUCUGGAGAUUUUGGGGUGAUGUCAUUCUUCACAAAAGUAGUAGUGUUACCCAAACAAGGUCUGAGGUACUGUAUUCGCCUUUUGUUUUUUUAUGAAGAGACAGGAGUCAGCCAAACAAGCAGAGCUGUCCAAAUUUUCCUUUGUACUAUAAGUUGUGAUUGAGGACACUAUUAAAGUACUGCUCAUUGGAAAAAGAAA